AGCGGCGGUGGCGGCUCUGUAUGCAUGAAAAUCGCACAGACGAAACUCGCCGAGGCGCAUUACGUCUAGUGAACGCAACGAGUCAAGUUGUUCGGAAGCGACCAAGAAGUGACUUACCUAUAAUCACCAACUAACAUACUAUUUUGGCAGACAGAAAACAGUUUCCGCUCACAAGCCUAAGCUAGAAAGUGGAAAAGCAAGUGUAUUGCUACAACGACUGGAACCUGAGUGGUUGAAGUUGUAGGAAAAAGUUAAACUCCAAAUAGGGAAAAAAUUGGAGUGAUUGAACCUAUGGGAGGAUUAUCGUUUUCAAAAUCAGAGUUGUCGAAACGUAAUAGUGAUUUUGGUGAAUGGUGCAAACUAAGUCAAUAGGGAAGUGAGUGAAAGGUGAUCCAAAUUGUGAAAUCCAAGCAAUUGAAUUUGUGAUAUAUUGUUCAAAUAAAAGAAAAUUGAAAUUUAAGUCCACGCUUCAGUGCCAGUCUAAGUGAAGCAUACUGAAUUGAGUGAAGGUUUACUGAAUUGAAGUGUAAACAGUUUCGAAGCACAAUUGUAACAACAGUGGAGCACUUAUAAGUGAGAAAUUUGUUCGAUAAGGAGAUAUCUUGCAGUUGAAGAGUAGCAAAAAUGGCUGUUCAAGUGGAUAAUUUGCUGUUAUCAGAAAUUGGACGUUCCAUAUCGUUGGACACAGCGACACGCCUGAGAGAAGCCGCCAUGAGUAAGCUCAUCCGCCAGGUAUCGAUCGAAACGCCCGCACCGAAGAUCAAAGAUUGCGUGUUCAAUCUGGUGGUCCCGGUGCCGGACACUCCACCCUCAGGGGCCCGCAUUCUGGUUGUCUACGCCGGGGCAUGUUACCGCAAGAAUCAGUCCUCAUCGAUCUCGUCGAUCAGCAGUCAGCUGUCGGAUACGGGUGACAUUACCACAUCUCUGCACAUGCUGGCCAAACAGAUGCAAGGCGGCAACUUCUCCAGUAUUAGCGAGGAAGGUCCAGAUAACACAUCCGCUCAGGCUCAUCAGACUUCGGUAGCCAUUCAGCACAAUCCGGCCGCACAUCACGGUGUCCGGGAUGGAGCUCUGUUCCCUGGUUUCGAAGUGGCCGGCGUCAUCGAAUCGCUCGGCAGUGAACUCAAAGAAGACUGUGGCUUCAAAGUGGGCCAACGUGUGAUCCUCUACCCGUACGAGGGUGUCCCCUGCGGAUACAGUGAACUGAUGGUGGUUCCCGACCUGAAGUAUCUGAUUCCUAUUCCGGACUCGCUGCCGCUCAGUGUGGCCGCCACAUUGCCCACCGGCGCUCUGCUGGCUCAGAGUGCCAUCGUCUCAGCUCACAAAAUCGUCGAUGACCUGCUGAAGAAGCGACCGAACGAGAAGGUGAAGAUCCUGAUUGUCGGAACGGGCGGUCUGGCGCUGUGGGCCAUUCGGAUUGCGGCGCAGCACUUCUACACACCUGCCACCAAGGACAAGAUCCAGAUUACGGUGGCCAGCUUGCGGGACGAGGGCUUCGUCAUGGCGAAAAAGUGUGAAAAAGUCAACGUUGUCCAGUGGAAUGAGGAUCUGUACGAGAAGCAGCUGAUCGAACGCACACACGAUGCCUGCGACGGGCUGGUGGACAUUGUGAUCGACUUCGGCACGACGUCUCGCAGCUUGCACCGAUCGAUGCAGUGCCUCACCAAGGGCGGCCACGUGUUCAUCAGUGAUGAAAUUGCCGAGAAGCUGAUGGCCCGGUUCGCCAAGCGGGCAGAAGAGCGCGGUGUGUUUGUGGAAGUGGUUCCCACGGGUACCAUCGAACAGUUGCACGAACUCGUCAAGCUGGUCGACUCCGGUGAGAUUGAACCCCCACCACACACAGUAUUCCCAUCGGACCAGGCCGCCGAAGUGGUACGCAAACUGGCCAGCUCAGAGAUUCCUGGACGUGCCAUCUUGAAAUUCCACGACGUUGAGUAAACGGGUCCUACCUACCUUAAAAUGCAAAGGCAAACAACUUUCUCCUCAUGAGCCCCAUCCCCACUUCACAGUUAAGAUAAAACAUUACUUACAUAUAAGUAAUUCUACGAGAAAUAAAACAAUUAGAGAUGAAAUAACAAUAUAAAUUGAAAAUAUUAGCAGUGUCAAGCAGGUGGAGUAUCGUAGGCUCAGUCAUUCUCAUGGGAUGGUAAUCUCCCACAGGUAGUGGGCGCAUCCCCGGCAACUAGCCUAUUAGACGAAGAGAGACGAAGUGAACGAGAAAAGCAUAAUCCAGCUGAAUAACUAAAUUAGAUGAUUGCUUAUCACAGAUUCGUACGAUGAAAAACCAAAAUUACAUUAAAAUCUUUGAAUGUAUAAUUUAACCUAAAACGGAACCUAAGCAGCAAAUAAGAAUUCUAAUGAUUGCAAUUAAUCGAACCCCAAUUAGAGUAUUCAUUUUCGUUUUGUUUCAUUCAAUCUCUACCUAUUUAUGUUAUUUGAAUCGAUAAAUGACGUUGUCUUUCAACAUUACCAAAAACAAAAGCUGAUACGCGUUCGGUAACUUCCACGAGCUACCUUUCAAUAAAGCAAUUUUUCAUUGCACCAAACCUCAUACUUUGCUCGUGAAGUAAACUACUAUUUACACUGAACUGUAAAGCGACGAAACGCUACGCAAACACGAACCGGUGAUCAAUUUUCAGGAGAUGUCCAUUGGUGGCUACACUGUAAUUAAAUUAUUAAACUAAAUCUACGAAAUGGACAGGCACUGAAUCAAUUAACGAAAGUGAACGCAGUGGGUCAAGACUAGUUUUAGACAUGACAAUUUAUAACUCAUUUCUAUUGACAUUAUCGACGUGAGUCGAUAACCAUAAAAAAAACUUGAUUUGCCGCCUAGAAGUAAUUAAAUUUUAUGUACAAAGAACUUAAUAAAUUUAAACGUAAAACUACUCAAGAUAGGGUUUGGUCUACCAGGGAUUUACAGACACUCUCACACAAAAGAUAGAAGAUCAAAACGCCUACCCGUAGUGUACUAUUACUACAAAAAAUAUUGAAAGCUAUCGGUUUUCUAACCCUUUCAAAUUACGCAAAUCUUAAAACCAACCAAACCACAUUGCAACAAUAGAAAUGCAACCAAACAAUCUUCAGUUCGUUGGAACGAUAAAUGAGUAGAAGGAAACUUAAGUUGUGAUUGAGUUUUCCCUCAACAGGGACGUGCUUCGUCGCAGGAGGGUGGAAAACCGUGUUUGAUUUAGUCUAUCGUCUUUUAAUUGGUAAGCCCUUUUGACUAUUGGUUCUUCGUUUCGGGACGAUAAUAGCGAAAAGAUUGAAAAUCAUUACUAAAAUAUGGAAAAACAAAGUUAUUUAAAGUUGUAUUGAAUUAAAAAUGAAGUGAAUCCACGGAGAACCGUAAACAAUGGUGGAGCGAUGUGUUUAGAAUUAAAACAGUACACUUAAAAAAAAACUAGCUUAAACAGUGAAAACACUGACAAAAGAGAAGAGAAUGAAGGAGAUGAAAUAUAAAAUGGAAACAAAGCAACAAUGUGUAUUAUUGAAUAAUAAUAAAGAACUGUAUAGGAGUUUCAAGAAAAUCAAA